ACAUUCGGACUAAGAGCAGAUUCGAUUCCUUGUCGCUGCUGCCUCCCAUCGCCUGGCGUCACCGCAGGCAGGCCGAUUCCCGUCUUUUCUUCCUGUGCGCGCUGCGCCGGGGAGGAGGAGGAGGGGAGGAGCAAGAUACAGGCGGCCGGCCGAGGAGAGGUCAGAGCCUGAGCGAGUCGCGUUCCCUUCCCCCGCCGCUGUCGCGUCACGGCGGCGCGAGAGGAGGCACGGGAACGCCUGCUGUCGUCGUGUUGGGGAGGAGCAAGCCAGAGCUGGCGGCGGCGAGUGGUGAACUGGAAGACAGACCGGACCUGGGGGGCGCCGCCGCGGCUCGCCCAAGUAAAAAACACCUCGGUUCCAGGUUGCCUACAACAGAUUUGGCGAAUGACUAAGGACAGCGUUAUUAUACCGUAAUAAAAGGAUAUGCCCUUGUCAUGUCCCAAAAGAAUAAUGAAUUCAUGAAAGAAGAUGCAAGUGAACUUGAUGAAAAAGAUCAGAAGACUGCGGAAGUGGAGACUGAUGAGGCGAAAGCUGAACCUGUGGCUGUGACUCGAAAGAGACCAGAAGCCAAAACCCCUGAGCCUACCCUUGCACAAGAACCACUGGCACAGAAUCUACAGGUGUCCAGUUCCAUUGAGGAGUCACAUACAGGAUGGGGGUACUGGGGGAACUGGGGAAAAUCUUUGCUCUCUACUGCUUCUGCUACAGUGGCAACAGUAGGUCAUGGAAUCUCAAAUGUUAUUGAAAAAGCAGAGACAUCCCUUGGGAUCCCUAGCCCUAAUGAAUUAUCUACUGAGGCCAAAGAUUUUACAGAAGAAAGCCAAAAUUCUGAAUCUGUAAGUGAUGAUGGCAAAGGAGACACUGAGAAUUCCUCACCUAUUAGUGGUGCAUUUGGAAUGUUUUCUACCCUCUCUGCAGCUGUCCAUAGCACAGGGAAGACAGUUAUUAGCGGAGGUUUGGAUGCAUUAGAAUUCAUUGGCAAGAAGACCAUGGAUGUGAUAGCUGAAGGUGACCCUGGAUUUAAGAAAACUAAAGGCCUGAUGAGCAGAAACGCCACACUUUCUCAGAUCUUACGAGAAGCAAAGGAGAAAGAGGAGCAGCGGACAGCUACUGAGGUUUCCAUGACUACAGAGAAGAAAGCCCAUUACGGACUACUCUUUGAUGAGUUUCAGGGUCUUUCUCAUUUGGAAGCCUUAGAGAUGCUCUCCAGAGAAAGUGAAUCAAAGGUAAAGUCAGUUAUAAGUGCGCUUUCUGGAGAUGAGUUUGAAACUUUAAAGGCAGAACUGGAACAGCUCAAAGAAGCAUUUUCAUUGACUGAAUUUUAUGAUGAUGAAGAGGAAGAAAAAAAGGAAGAGGAAGACUUCACAAAAGAAGUAUUGGAUCUGUUUUCACAACUGCAGGUCUCUACAAAGCCAGAAAAACUGACCCAGGCAAGGAACUCUGCUCAUGAAUUGGCUAAGAACCUCAGUGUGCAUACUGCAAAAGAAGCAGACGGCCACAAACAAGAGGGCUCAGGGGAUGCCGAACAAGAGGAUAAAACAUCAGUGGAGGAUAUUCACACAUUUGCCAUUAGAAGCCUGGCUGAAUUGACUGCCUAUGCCAUUGAAAUGUUCCACAAAACUGCAGCAUUGGUUCUUCAUGGCCAGAAACAAGAGGUGUUAGCCAUAGACCGAGCCAAAGCACUUUCACAAAUAACCAUUGUGCUGUGCAAAGAACUGUCCUCUCUGUCUAAAGACUUUGCUACGAGCUUAACAGCUGCAGGGGUUGAAGAGAAGGCUGAUGUCCUUAACCCUUUAAUCACAGGAGUAUUUUUAGAGGCUUCAAACAGUGCCUCUUAUAUCCAAGAUGCCUUCCAGCUCCUCCUGCCAGUUUUGCAGAUCUCCCACAUCCAAGCUCAGACAGAGUUAACACAGUAAUAAAUCAGUUUGGACUGUACUAGAGCAGACUCCAAGUUUACCUGCAGGAUGGUUCUCUUGUUCAGCAAAAGGAUAGAAGCACGUAAUAAGAGGCAAAAGCUUUGACUGCUAGUAUUUCACUGAACAGUAGUAAGAGGCUAAAUGGCCAUGACUUAGAUGUUUGUGAGAAGGGAUGGAAAUAUAGACAGAACAGCAAGUUCACAAGUGGACUUGUGGACUGUAAAUUGGCUUUAUCAGUUUGCUGAGUAAUGUUGUUUCUAUUUCCGCUGCUUGUUCUCUGAUAAUGAAGUAAAUUCUAAGAAAAUUAUUGGAUCCAGAAGACAGGGUGGUACAGCUCCACUAAUAGAACCUAACCCUAGAGAAACUAAUGACAUAGUUCACUGCAUAGCGAAAUUGUCCAUAUACCCUAUGAAAGGAUAUCUUGUUAAAUAUUUAUCUGUCUAGGAUGAAGUUAUUGCAAAACAAAAAAUAGUUUGAUCUCCUGGAAGACAUUAAAUAAGAAGCUCCCUAAGUUUAUGAUCCAGUGCUCAGUGACAUGAAAGUAAUCCCCAUCAGAUAUAGGGGUUGUGCACACGACCUCGCCGGGGAGGACAGGCGGGCGCAGGUGUUCAUCUGCCUCCCCCGGCAGGCAAGUAAAGAUGUGCACGAACCGGUGCUGGGCCAGUUCAGUGUGUGGGGGGGUACCUUUAAGGGGCAGGGAGAGUGCUCUCCCCCCCCCCACAUCUCCCCUGCCAGCCAAGUCUCCAAAACAGCUGGUGUGGGGUGGCAGCAUACCUCCUUGCCGCCCCGGUCAGUAUCAAACUGGAAGUGCCCAACAUGCAUACACAUUUUGGAGACGGCGCCAGCUUUUGGAGACAGUGCCGGCAGGGCAAAUGUGGCAGGGGGUGGGUGAGUGGGUUAGAGCACCCUCCCGGUCCCUUAAGGGUAACCCCCGGAAAAGGACCUCCGGACCCUGGAAAAGGUCCAGAAAAGGACCUCCAAACCGGUUUGUGCACAUCCCUACAGGCAAGCAGUCUCCGUCCUCCCCUCUGACGCACCAUACACCCACACGAGCAGUGGUGUGGCAGAGGGAGACCCUGGGAGCGGGAGGAUCCCUCCCUCCAUUUCCCAGGUGCCUCAGGACACAAGUGUGGUGGCUGUUCCUUCCCCACUGGCUCGUCCGGCUGUUCCUUCUCCCCGGCUCACUGCUGGAAAUGGCAGUAGGGUGGGGAGCUGUUUUAUUCAGCAGUGAUUGCCCAGAUGAUCGCCAGUCGCAGUUAAGUGGACCACAAGUUUGCUUAACCUCGACUAAAUGCCAGGUUUGAAAGUAGGGCUUGGUGGUGCAGCACCCAGGAGUGACCUUGCUCCCGGUGCUUCAUGUGCACAGCCUAACCAAGGCUGGACUGCCCUAGCCUGGGUUAGGCUGCGUGUGUGAAUACCCUUAUUGUUUACUUCCAAGUAAACGUGCACAGGAGACUGCAAAUUAAAAAGAGAUGACCUUAAAGGCUUGGUUGACCUCUUAUGACCCUAGCCUUUUAUGUCUGUUACUGAAAGCUUGGAGAUAAACUGCGAUUCCUAAGAACGUUUCUCUCAGAUGACAGUAUUUCAGUGACGAACAUGGAAUAAAUAAAUUUAUGUAGAUACAUUUCAUGUGGAAAGAGCAGAAAUGUUGACUUGCCCAACACAUUUGAAUGCCUAACUCUCUAGCAAGAAAUAAAAAGUAUCUAAAAGAUGAUUGGUUCCAUUCGAGUGAGUAAUUCAGAGCUUUUUGAUAUACUGUAGGAAUCUAAUGCAGGCACGUGUGUGGUGCUGAGGUAGUGUUUUUGUGCUUCUCUUAGUCAUGCUUCAAAUGGGCAAAAUCCCCUGCUCUGUUCUGUGGAGAGAACUAUUCAGAAGGUGGAAGCCACGUCUAUACUUCCAGAUAUAGAUUUGCUCCCUCAUGGACAUCCCAAGGAUUCUAAGACAGACUUAUUCUUUGCUUUUAUAACAGAACUGCUAUUUUGUACUAUUUUAUUUUAACUACUGCAGGACUUUCCCCCCUGUGGCUUAUGAGUGUUAUCUCUUCAUCAGUUAGUUUUUCCAGCUGCAGACUGAAACUUCUGCUUGAACUGCAGGGGGAAAUGUUUGAAUGUAGUCAGAUUUCAGUUAUCUGUCAUUAAAGAGAGAACUUGCAACUGUCUUACGUAGAAUGGGUUUGUUGUACUGUUUUAACGUCACUUCAAACUGCUGUAAUUGCUAAAUCUCGUUAGUAGCAUACUUCACCAAGAAAAACAUUGUUGGAAUGACACACUCAAAUUGUGGCAACAAACAUACAUCAGGACAAAAUUAGUAUCUUUAGCUUUAGGUAUAGUCUGUUCUUCUUGAAAGAUACUUUUUCUAGCAAAAUAUAUUUUGAAUAUGUAUGAUGUUUGUGAAAUCUGCACUAUGUUAUAUAAUAAGAAUAAAAGUUGUUCUGUAAUGUUAUAAAGGCAAGGAUGUCCACCCAC